UCGGGGGAGAAGAGACGGAAGGCCCCGGGAGAAGGAGGCGCGGAUCUCCAGCAGUGAGCCAUCACUAAGGGUUGGAGCGUACAGCGUGUGGUUUGCUUAUGAUAUAAUGUCAUCAUCAAAUAAUUCUUGGUCCUCAUCUCAGGGUGACAAUGAAAGUUCUAAGCUUCUGCGAAAGUCAAAGGAAUCACCAUUCGUUCCGAUAGGCAUUGCCGGAUGUCUUGCUGUUGUGGUAUUGGGUUUACACAGACUGCGCAAAACAGAACAGAAGAUGUCACUGCAUCUAAUCCACAUGAGAGUGGCUGCUCAAGGCUUCGUAGUUGGAGCAAUGACACUGGGUGUUCUGUACUCCAUGUAUAAUGAUUACCUCAGGAAGCCAUGACAAGGGUAGUAACCCUUGGCCAGAAUGAAGGACUGGAGUCAGGCUUCGACUAAAGUAACGGAUCUGCGGUGGACUUUGGAAGUGCAGCAUAUACUUCAUGUUGAGGACAGGCGGACAGUGUUUUCAUUGAGAUGAAGCUUUCAGUAAAGUUUUCUUCCUGUGGUACAUGUGAGCACGCCCAACUGUUCAACCAUUAUUACCAGGACCAUGUAGCAACUCAGGGGUUAGUGACUCUGUAGUGAAGCCCGCCAUUUAGCAGUGCUCAAUCACCCCUGUGCUGUCUAAGAUUACUGUACGGAGAAACUGCUCUUGUCCCCACUCCAGAACUGAUCACUACCACACACAAUAUCCUUCAUUGCACUGCCACCCCUCAGUUUGAUUCCCCUUCUCCUAAAUAUUUCUUCCUGCCUGGUCAGAGUAUCUACUUCCUCUCUGAAAGAUUUCUUACCUGAAUGUAGGGUAUGUAGUGCAGGAGUCCUCCUCUUCCACCCCAGUCUCUCCCUCCUCCAUUAAUUCUGACAGCAAUUACUGAAGUCUCAAGUCCCCAAUCUGAUGUCUGACCAGUCCCCUCCCACCUACCUACAAUGCACUGAUUUUUAUAACUGACUUGGGUGAGGAAAGGGUGGGUUAAUAAGUUUGCAGUUGACAUGAAACUUGGUGGAGUUGUGGAUAGUGUAGAUUGUCAUAGGUUACAACGGGACAUUGACAGGAUGCAGAGCUGGGCUGAAAAGUUGCAGAUGGAGUUCAGCCCAGAAAAAUGUGAAGUUAUUCACUUUGGAAAGCCAAAUUUAAAGGCAGAAUACAGGAUUGAAGGCAGAAUUCUUAGCAGUAUGGAGGAACAGAGGGAUCCUAGGGGACCACGUCCAUAGAUCCCUUAUUGUUGCUGCACAAGUUGAUAGGGUUGUUAAAAAGACAUAUGACAUGUUGGCUGGGGACUCCGUACAAAAGCCGAAAGGUAAUAUUGCAGCUCUAUAGAACCCUGGUUAGGCUACACUUGGAAUAUUCUGUUCAGUUCUGGUUACCUCAUUGUGGAAGCUUUAGAGAAGGUGCAGAGGAGAUUUACCAGGAUGCUGCCAGGAUUGAAGAGCAUGUCUUAUGAGGACAGGUUGAGUGAGCUCGGGCUCUUCUCUCUGGAGUGAAGGAGGAAGAGAGGUGACUUGGUAGAGGUGUACAAGAUGAUAAGAGGCCAGAGACAUUUUCCCAGGAUGGAAGUGGCUAAUACAAGGGGGCAUCAUCUUAAGGUGAAUGGAGGAAAGUAUGGGGGGAAUGUCAGAGGUACGUUCUUUACACACAGAGUGGUGGGUGUAUGUAACACCCUGGCAGCCAUGGUGGUAGAGACAGAUGCACUAGGGACAUUUUAGAAACUCUUAAAUAGGCACAUGGGUGAUAUAAAAAUGGAGGGCUAUGUAGAAAGGAAGGGUUAGAUUGACUUUAAAGUAGGUUAAAAGAUUGGCACAA